GCGGGCGGUCGGGCAACGUAAGCAACGUUCAGAGGUGUCGCAACGGUCUGCGCGUCAGGAAGUAUCGGAGCAUUCGGAGCAAUCCGGAGCCAGUCGGGCUGGGUGGUCGGUAACGUGAGUGUGGUGUGUGCGCGCGCGAACGACAGACGCGAGACAGCCAACGUGCGAGGAGCGUGCGUGUCGUGAGGAGCACCGUGGUGUCAUGACGUUCGCGUGAGUCGCGGUCAACGCGUUCAGGCAGUCAGCGGUGUCCGAGUCUCAGGAACAUGGCGCGCGAUUCCCGGCGCGCCGAUCCGCGACGCGUCGUCGCCGUCAACGGCGGUGGUGGGGGGGGGGGGGGGGGGGGGGGGAGCGGUGCAACGGUGAGGUGCAAACUGGAGCUGAUCCUUCUGACGCUGCUGCUGACGAUUAUCAUCCCUACCGCGUAUGCCGAGAGUCAAGGUCCGUCCUCAGAUUUUAGCAGACACACUUUGGUGAGACCGCGAGUGUAUCACGGCAGAACGAAAAGGCAGAUCUCUUCAACCAAAGAAAAUCACCACGAGCAUGCGGACGUGCUGACGGUGGGUUUCAAUGUGGACGGUGUCGAACGUGUUCUCGACCUUCGACUGAAUACCGAUUUAAUUCCAGUUGGCUAUCAGCAACUCCACCAGCAUCGCGGCACGUACAAAGUGCACACCCCGUCGAAAGUUGAACUCUGUCAUUACCAAGGUAGCGUUCGAGAUGUUCCUAGUUCGUGGGUGGCGUUAUCCACUUGUAGAGGAUUGCGCGGUGUCAUCUUCGAUGGUGAGAAUCUUCAUUACAUUCAUCCAGAAGAUGAAAACUUGGAUUCCACGCAUUACCUUUACAAGCACAGUGAUCUCACUACCAACGAUACGUGUGGUUACGAAGGCACGCCGUUGCACGUUCUCCCUGAUCAUCGCGAGAUUAAAAGGUUCUCCAGGCACAAAAGAGCGGCUGAAAUUAUUCGUGGACCUUAUAACGCGAACAGACAGUCACGUUACGUGGAGUUGGUACUUGUAAUCGACAAGAAGGAAUACACCGCGCUCGACGAGAACCUGGAUAAAGUAUAUCAGCACUGUAAGGACAUCGCUAACAUUAUCAACGCUCUAUAUAUGCCGUUGAACAUAUUCAUUGCUCUAAUCGGUGUGCAAGUGUGGUCCGAGUCAGACGAGAUAGCACUCUCACCGAACGGCGACACCACACUGUCGAAUUUCCUACGCUACCGCAGGGAGAAGCUGCUUCAGGAUAUUCCCAACGAUAACGCCCAACUGUUGACGCGAAUUACCUUCGAGGGCGGUGUAGUUGGCAAAGCUCUCAAAGGACCGAUAUGCACCUUCGAAUUCUCCGGCGGUGUUUCCAUGGAUCACUCGAAUGUCGUUGGUUUGGUCGCGGCCACUGUCGCUCACGAAAUGGGUCACAAUUUUGGUAUGGAACACGACGGACCAGAUUGCGGCUGUCCUGAAGAGAAAUGCAUAAUGGCGUCGUCCAGCGGUUCAUCCGGACCAACGCACUGGUCCACGUGUUCGUUGGAACAUCUAGCUUUAGCCUUCGAACAUGGAAUGGAUUACUGCUUGAGAAACAAGCCGCAGAAACUUUUUGAUAGUCCUAUAUGCGGUAAUGGAUUCGUUGAGCCAGGCGAGCAAUGUGAUUGCGGUUUAAAGGAACACUGCGACAACCCCUGCUGCAACGUGACCACCUGUAUGUUGCACAAUAACGCGAGCUGCGCGACCGGCGAGUGUUGCGAUUUGAAGACUUGUAGGCCGAAGACCGCAGGCACGGAGUGUCGAACUGCUGAGCACGAGUGCGAUUUGCCAGAAUACUGCACUGGUCAGAGCGAGUAUUGUCCAGCGGAUGUAUUUAAGAUAAAUGGUGAGACCUGCAACGGUGGCAAGGCCUUCUGCUAUGGCGGUAUGUGCAGAACUCACGACGAUCAGUGCAAACUAUUGUGGGGCCCCACUGGUACGUCCUCUGACUCGCAAUGUUACGAGAUGAACAACAAGGGUACGAAAAAUGGUAACUGCGGUUACAAUCGCAUCGAGUCAAGUUUCAUCAGGUGUAACAAUGAAAAUCUCUUCUGCGGUAUGCUGCAUUGCAAACACUUGAACGAACGACUAGAAUUUGGUAUGGAAUCAGUCGCAACCUUAAGCCAUUCGUUCAUCAAUAACGGUGGAAAAAUAAUUCCAUGUCGUUCGGCCAUCGUCGAUCUUGGAUUGACCCAGGUGGACCCUGGUCUUACACCGGACGGCGCCAAGUGCGGACCCGGAAAGAUGUGUGUAAAUCAGAAGUGUAUGUCAGUGGCGGAUCUGAAAGCGUCCGUGUCUGACGGUAAAGCUUGCCCGAAUAAUUGCAAUGGUAACGGAGUGUGUAACAAUCUUGGUCAUUGCCAUUGUAAUCAUGGCUUUCGACCACCUGACUGCCUUCAAGUUGGAGUUGGUGGUUCCGAAGAUAGUGGUCCAGCCGAAGAUCCCAACGGAAAAAAUGAUUUCAUAACUGCAAUUUAUGUUAUCUUCUUGGGAGUGUUGCCCGCCAUAGCUCUGUUCCUAUUCGGCAUCUGGUAUGUCAGGAAUUCCGGACAGCACUGGAAGAAGGAUGUGAUGUCUACGACCGAUCGUGGCCACAAUGGAUUGCUAAUCAAAACGAUCGAUCGUUCCAGCCCUAUGUCCCGUAACAUCGAAACGAUCGAUUCUAGUCUGAGUCAAGAUCCCGCGUGCGUGAGUUUGCUGCCUAAGGCAGAGGCUGACGAGCGAUACAACAACAAUAUGUUUGGCCAGUUUAAAGGUUUCACGAUUACACCAAUCCACUCGAAUCAAUCUAAACUGGCUGAGCCAACGAAACCGGCUCCACCUCCACCGGGAUGGAUGCCUACCGUGGCAAUAAAGACAAACAUAGCUAAAGCUAACAUGCAAAAGUGUAAUGUGCCGCAAAGAAGCAAUUUGUUGAGUUCUAAUGAUCCAAGCUCAACUGCACCAAUGUUACCGCCGCUAAAUCCAGGUUCUACGGCACGACCGUUGAUUAGUAGUCCCGUACUGGCGGCCACAACCUGUACAUCCGUCGAAUUAGUAGCUAAGGUACCCACCAGACCUGCCCCGGACGUACCUAUGCGUCCAGCUCCGCCACCGCCCACUUUCGCGCCUUCUGUAAAGCCACAGAGACCUAAUAGCACGCCUUUGACAAACGUAAUACUGCCAGAACCCGAAAAGAAGUUGGAAAAGGGCAGCACGCUUAACCGAAUUGCGUCGAUAUUGCGUCCUGGCUCCGGCAUUAUGAGAAGCAAUUCCCAGAGUUCACCGAGGGAUGACAAGAACACGAAUUCUCUACCGAGGAACCAGCACCACAAGGCCAACAAAGUUAUCGACAAAGAGAUCCUAAGGAACCUCGAAAUCUCUAAUCCGAUACCACAGACAGAGAUCGAGAUUGCGACACCAGUAAUCCCAGUGAUAUCAACGACCGAAGUCGAGAAGAGAAACGUGGUCCUGCGCGCUCAAUCAAUGAGAGACAGCAAAGUUACGUCAAGACCAUUCGUCCAAACAUUCGGCUCGAUGCGUCAGACGACACCUGUUAAGAGGCCCACCAGUAUACCUGCCAGCACGAGGCCUACGUCACCACCUCCGGGCCCACCGAACAUCACACAGACGGAAAAAGCUGCCGAGAAUGUGAUAAAGAUUCCAGGAUUGCCGGGUUAUCAGAAUCCGCCGGUGAAAACUGUUCAGAAACCAUUAGAGAACACUUACGACGACUGCAUGAAUCUGAUUACAGAAUCAUCCCUGACGAAGAUCACGGAGGAAUCGGCCAUGAACGACAAUAUAUACGCAGUGAUAGAGGAACCCGUGCCGGAGAAGAACAGGAAGAACAUAGAAUUGGAGGUAACGCCGGUCGAUAACGAGUAUAAACUGCCGAAACGUAUUGAUACCAUACCCGGUGGCCCGAAUAGCCUGGAAUCGAUGGGUUUAUUGUCAGAGAUUGUAUCAGAGAUAUCGAAUCGUAAUUUUGAUUCCAUAUAUUCCACUUCGACGUUAACUAGGAAGAAAAAAGAGGAUAAUGGGGAAGAUACAACGAAAAAUUUGGAAAAUAUGGGAUCCAAUAACUCUCUGGGUGGUUACAUGAAUUCGAACCACUACAAGGUACCCGGUGGAAUUUAUUCAAACUCAACGUCUAGUAAAUUUAAUUCUUCGAGUUCCACCACCAGUUCCGGCUAUCUUCAUCCAUCCAUGAUAAAUGUUCCACAAGUAGAGAAGAAAGAGGCGAGCAAAAAUAUUUCGGAUGCAAAUGACAACUUAAAAUCGGUCGAUAAUAGUAAUCUAAACACUCUUAAAUCUAAUAAUCCUAAUAUAAACGACGAGCUGUCGAAGGAGCUCGGCAUGAAACCACCUGAGAAUCCUACAGGGUAUAAACCGUUUGCUUCAACGAAGACUCGACCAUCUCAUUUGAUACAUAUCAAAAAGGACGACCAAACUGAGAAUAAGAUUCCGGCUAAACCGCCAUUGAAUAGGACUAAAACGCCUCCGAACGUUGCGAAAAGCCCGACUUCCAAAGAUAUACCCGAGUCGAGUGUAAAACUCGCGAGACAAAGUUCAGAUAAUACAUUAAAAUCCUUAAAAUCCUCGAAAGUUUCCGACACAAGUUCGACAAUAGUGAAACAGAGCUCGGAUGCGAGUCCAAUUGCGAGACAAACACAAGUAAACGCGAGCAAGUCGAGUAGCGAUUUAGAUAAAGAAGAAUCACACACAACAGUAUCUGUCAAAAAUGUGCCUUGUAGUCCUAAGGAUAAUCUGGGAAAGUUCAAUAGCCCGGAUCUGGUCUCGAGUUGCUCGAAUUCUAAUCAGGGUGGAACAAAGUCGCCGGAUGUUGUGGGUAGCAAUCCCAAGUUCAAUCUCUCGCUUAAAACCGUUCAAAAGACUCCCACGCUGCCGAGGAAUGGUCAGAAAACGCCCACAACGCCGUUGAAACCACUCAACAUUACAUCCAAAACAACCAGUCUCUCGGAAAAGAAGAAGUCUCCGACUGGCAACGCAAGUGUGACUAAAUCGCUAUCUGCCAAAGAGGCAAAUACUGGCGGUACUAAGCCAUCGCAUUUGACACCGAAGGUGCUCGCUAAAACAGAAAUCAAGAACGGGGAUGGAGGUACAGCAGCGAGGACGAAUCCGCUACAAAGAGUGGCGAGCGGUAAAUCUAACGUAGCGUCGCUCCAGCAAAAGUUCGAGACUAAUAAGAACAGUUCUGGUGUCGCGAGAACUAUACAGAGUGCGAAUAGUAAAAAACCGGUGGCACGAACGACGGAAGUUGGCGGCGGCGGAUUGAGGAAAUGAGCAAUCACCCGGAUGCGUGUGGCAGCUCGACCUUUCCGAUAUUCGGACGUGCUUGACGGGAUUGAAAAAGCGUUAGAGGAAAAUCUAUACUUGAAACAUUCUAGUCCGUCAUAUUGAAUCGUUCUCGGUGGAGAAUGCGUGGUAUAUUAUAAACGUGUAUACGCGUUCAUGAUAAACGAGUACAUCAUAAGCGUGCACGAGUAUAAACGUAGAUAACGCGCGAGGGCGAUAUAUCUCUUCUUAUUUAAGAAAUCUUAAACGGAAGUUAAAAACAUAGUACAAGGAUCUUUUCCUCUAAGAUCCAUAAAACGCUAAUUUUACAAGCAAAUAUAUUUCUUGUCGGAAUAUUAAAGAUAGAUUGUAUGCGGCUGCGUUGCAUAAGAGAUACAACAUUAAAAAUUGUAAAUAGCGCCCACACUUAAAAAUUCUCAUAUUUUUUGUAGAGACUAUCCAUUGCCGAUGUUCAAGCGUACCUAUAUAAGCCAAUAAUUAUCGUAAUAUUUAUCUUAAGCGUUUUAUAAGCGACAUUGCGAGGCAAGCGACAGUUAUUUUCGAAACCAUCGCUUGAAACUAGAAUGGGCGUGUACGGAAUUAAUUGACCUCUGUGAUAUAUGUAUAUGUAUAAAGAAAUAUUAUGCACAGAAACACUAUUAUGCCACAUUGUUAUGGCUAGCAGAUUUUAGACGCGACCAAAUUAUUUUAUAUCAUAUUACAUAAAUCGUACUGACAAAAAACGCGCCGUUAAGUUUUCUAAAAAGCCAUCGGAAAUCACAGUCAUAUCCGACGUAGCUCCGUUAAUAGGGGAAGAAGGUCUCUUUUCUUUCCAAAGAUUAAAUAUUUAUGAGAGAUCAAGUUGCAAGAUUGUACCUUCAAAAUCCCAUGGGAGUCAAAAUGGAAAUGCUAUUAGUUAGGAGAGUCUAGGUGUUAGCGCAUGCUAGUAACAUAACACUGCGAAUCGAAUUAAGGUGAUAUCCCCUCGACGGCAAAAGGCAAGGCCGCUAAAAUAUUCCGCCUCGAUCAUGCAACAUCACGCAACCUUUAUUGUCUCAUUAUCCCUUGCAUAAAUCAGAGGCUUGCUUCGUCUAGGACAGCUCUAGAUGCAAAGACUAAAAUUAUUUAUUUGACUGAUACCCGUGUAAAUAUAUGUUUGUAAGAUGUAGGCAUAUAGUAGAAGUUUUGUACGAUGUAUCUUCGCGCCAAGAAUAAGUUACAUUCGUUACAUUCGUAAGUUACUCACGCGCAUUAUAUGUACGAUCGCGAGAAAGAGGAAAGCAGCUUCUUGAACGUCGAGUUUAGCGUUAAGCACGUUAAGGAAAGGUUUUAUUGAACUGAUAAAGUCUGUCAGAGUCGAAUUACGUUUGUGCAUUUAUUGUUUCCUUUUUUCCUCUUCCGCGCAGCGAAUUCUCCUGUACGAAUCCAGUCGAUACUUUGAUUCGUAGCGUUAUCUAUUUUGUAACAGUUCCUACUUGCGGAGCGUCCAGAAAUCAUCCCACCAGAAAGUUUCAAUAAAGAAGUUCAAUAAAGCUUUUUGACCAUUUACUGCGUAUUGUGCAUUGCUUUCUCCGCUUGUUUCUUUACAUGCGAGACGUCGUGUGCGUUGCUUCGAUACGAGGACAAUCAGAUGUUCAUUUAGCGUACAGUGUACGAGGAGGUUUGUUUCAGCAACUCCUGCUCGUUAUUAAUGAAUAAGUAUUAUU